AUGAUUCGCAAACAAGCCCGCCAGCGCCGGGACUAUCUAUAUCGCCGCGCGCUCACCCUUCGAGAUGCUGAGAUCGCGGAGAAAAGAGCAAAGUUGCGAGCGUCCUUAGCUUCUGGGAAACCGCUGGACCCCGCGAUUGCGAAUGACAAGAAGCUGCGCGAGGACUACACGUACGAUGAAUCAAGGCCAGACCGGACAGCAGAUGAGGAGCUAGAUUUGGAUGAUGAAUAUUCGCAGCUCUCUGGAAUCAUCGACCCCCGAGUUCUGGUCACUACUUCGAGAGAUCCUUCCACCCGUCUCUCUUCGUUCGCAAAAGAAAUAAGGCUAUUGCUGCCCACAUCCAUCCGAUUAAAUCGCGGAAAUUUGAUUCUGCCAAACCUGGUGCAAUCUGCGCAAGCAUCAGGUCUUUCAGACAUUGUUCUUCUCCACGAACAUCGCGGUACGCCGACAGCAUUAACUCUCUCCCAUUUCCCACACGGGCCGACUGUGUCAUUCUCCCUCCAUAACGUUGUCCUCCGCCAUGAUAUCCCGAAUAGUUCCCGAGGCACCGUUAGCGAAUCAUAUCCCCACCUUAUUUUUGAAGGUUUUACUUCUCGACUAGGCCUUCGGAUAGUCAAAGUACUAAAGCACAUUUUCCCCCCACGGGAGGCUCUCACAAGCAAGACAAAGCUUGGAAGUAGAGUUGUGACAUUCAAGAACAUCGAGGACAGUAUCGAAGUACGACAUCAUGUUUUCGUGAAGACGGGGUAUCAAAGUGUGGAGUUGGCGGAAGUUGGACCCCGGAUGACAAUGAGGUGUUUUGAGAUCAGGGGUGGUACAUUAGAAAACAAGGAUGGAGAUGUCGAAUGGCGCCUGAACCAGUACACAAGGACGAGCCGGAAGAAGGAUUACCUGUAA